GGGAGCAGAGUCUGGCAGCAAGUGAAAUUCAUGAGUUUGUUACUGGCUUUGGGAAUCUUCAGUCUGGACUCAGCCACGCUGUUGCCUUGCAAGCAGAAAGAUGUCACGUGAAUUCUAGAGCUACAGAAGUAAAUAUUUUGUACUGUACUUAAAGGUGACAUCAGAUGACCAUCUCCACUGUCUCCCAGCCUUGUGUAUGCACUCAGAGCCAACAGUAGAGUCCGCUGCUAGUCUUCCCAUUUUUGCUUAAGAGAUCAUGGGAGAGUGCGGAGAGCUUGAAAAGAGCAUCCUGGAAUGCGGAGUUCUAAUGCACUUGGAAAUGCUUCCGUGGCCCUUCCUGCCUCUCAGAAAUACCUCUUGAUUCAAUAAUAUUGCAGAGAAGUACCUGUUUGCUGAAUAUGUCUGAAUAAUCCUGGAAUGAAGUUCAGAUGAGCCUCCCUUCAUAUACGCUGCUUCCACUAAAAUGAUGCAUAUAAUUUGUUGUGGCUUGACCACGAGAUGGCAGAAUUUCCUACUGCACAUUCCCAAGUGGAACGGGUUGGCCAGGCUUUCUGAGGAGCGAGCCACUGCGGCUUCUCCCUGGCGCGGGAAUGACAUGGGAUAUGGAGAUCUUUGGCAAAGUGUCCUUUGAGAUGACCAAUGUGAAAUGCCAUUCAAAUCUUCAAAAUUUCUUUAGGGUUACUCCUGCACAAAUCUUCAGCAAGAAGGGAUUAAAGAAACACACACUGUGGCACCCUGGACCCCCUGUUUCCUGGCCCAGAAAAACAGGACUAACCAAACAACUAGGAAAGAUUAAGCUAUGGCCCAGCUCAGUGUGCACUGAAGAGUCAUCACCUAAGCUUCAAAAAAUAAAAUCUGACUAUUCCUACUACCAGGGUGACCGUGUUCACCAGUGUCCCCACAGCCAGCUAAUCCUAUUUGUGACUUGGUGUGUCAUCAUCUCUCAUCUGGCUUCAGGCUCCGGCCAUCAGCACCCCUUCCUCACAGACACCUCCACCAAAGUAUUCUCCAGGCUUCCUAUGUCCCCUCCUAAGCACUGCUGGAGCAGCAGCAAUGGGCACUGGCCAUGGGCACCGAGGGGACCGGGCCGCCCUCACCACCGCGGGGCUCGAGCCCUGACGCUGCUCCCUGCGAGGCGCCGCUGUGCCCGUGGGGAGGCGAACGGGGCCGUGGACGAGGCGGCAGCGAGGGCUCCACAGCCGCAGGACUCGGCUCCUGGCGCUGCUCCCUCAGCCCCUCAUGCGGCGGGAACGAGCCCCGAGCCACCGGCGGCGCGGGCGGGAACGGCGCCACAUCCCGCAGGGCUCAGCGCCGCCGGGCCAUGUCCCGGAGGGGAGCGCCUGUGGACACUCCCAAGUCCUCAGGGAAGGGAAACCCAGGCGCAUCCGACACCCACAGAUGCCCGAGCCUCGCUGCCACCAUCGGGACUGGUGACUCUGCCCCAGGGGGCACAUGGCUACUGCCUCCACCCACGGGCCAGGCAGUGCACUGGACAAGGGUCAUGCACCGAGAGCGUAUCAAGUACUAAAAGACAACGUACUUAUAAGGCCAUUUUCUUCCAUUAAUACAUAUUGCAUAUUUAACUCCUUGCCUUUAGCAUGCCAGCCACCCACAAACUUACCUUCUGAGAGAGCACUUCUGAACUGUAUUUCUGUUGUAUUUCAUUUCACACUUUUACAACCACUGUGCAUUUUCUUCAGCCCAUAUUCCUGUGGUCUCUCUUGCUCCUCCCCCCUUCUAGGCCAAAAGACUGGAGGGCACAGUGGCAGCACCAUUCCUCAGCCUCCACAGCAGAAAGGCCUGCUCCUCAUGGGGUGCUUGGGUUCUCUCUCUGGAAAGGGAGGAACAAUCCCCUUUCGCUACAGACCUGCAUUAGUCACAAAAAGGCAAACUUUACCUUCCUUUAUUACUUACAUGCUCAAACAGGAAAGGAGUACCAAAGGUGGUUUCCUGUGCAGAUUUGGUCUCCUCUCUAGACUUUACCAAGUGCUUCAGAUGUCACAUUUCAGCUCAGCCCUGGGUGAAGUGGCUAUGAACACUCCAAACCCAGUUGUCUUACUUUGGAAACCACCCUCAUGUGAUUCAGAAAUGUAAAACAAGAGCAGAAGUACUGUAAGGCUUUAUUGCCUGAUGAUGUACACAGAGUCUGUUAAUCUUCAGAAGUCCUGAUUCAAGGAACUUAAGUAUUGCAAGUGAUGCAUUUAACAUGUUCACACUUCACCAAAAAGGCAAAAUCUGCUGAAGAACAAGCUUAAUAAACAAUAUUAAAAAGCUUAAUAAGUAAUUAUUAAGCUGCUCUCCCAGAAAUAACUUCAACUACCACUGCCAUAAUAUUUUCUUAAAGGGAAAAAAAAAAGGAAGGAAAGAACCC